CGAGGAGUGCACCUGCACUCUAAUUUAUUACGGAACCAUAACAGUCAGCCAUCGACGACCAUGUUCAUAUUGGGCUUAAAAUGGCUUCGACUACAAACGAAGUUGAGCAUCACAAUUUUCGCACUGAAGUCACUAGUCAUCAAUUCUACUCUGCUGUUUUAUGUGAUCAAGGAGAAGCUAAUUAACUUUGAUAUAGAGCAACAGCAGGAUCUACUGUAUGUCAUCACGCUCGUCGUACGGUUCUUGGCUGGCACAGUAACGGACGUAGAACUCGUAAUCGGAGCUUACUUCGGAAUGAAGUCACUGCUGAUCAUCAGUGCCGUCUGGAAAGUAACAACUGCCCUCUUUGACUUCGGCCACAGCAUGAGCUUUGCUCCAGAAGUUUAUUCCAAGACUUACGAAUUCGUGGAUAAAAGCUUCAACACAGAUCUGCUGGAUGCCACGUAUUUCUACGAAACUGGCUUCUGCACACUUUACCUGUUGCUUGCCGUCGUCAUGAUAUACGGUGCGUACAGGGUGAACGUGUACUUCCGAAGCCUUUACUUCGAGGAGGGCCGAAUGACAACGGUAGAUGUUGCAGCUUCACUCCUUUCCUGUGUAUCUAAUCCUAACGACAGACACAAAAUAAUCUGAAUAAAUGGUCAGUUUCA